ACUAUUGUGACAUUUGGUAUUGAAGUAAAGGUGAUAAUCCGGGGGACACUAGACUACUUAAUACCCUAGGGGACCCACAGUGCAUAAUUGAGUUCUUACUUUAGACCUAAUUGGGGGCCGAUUUUAGUCGUAGGGAAAGGGUACCACUUGGGUUUGAGUAAAGGCAUAGGUUGUUGACAGUAUUGUAGUGUACAUAAAAUGCCGUUGGAAAUAGAAAAGGUAUUGAAAACGCUGAAGCCCACUCUAGAAGUGAAUGAAGGCAGAGAGGGUAAGGAGUGGAAGAGACGGGGGGGAGAAGCUGUACAGAGAAUGGAUAGAAGGCGGGGCCAUUGCGUCUCCCACUGGUCUGCUUGCUGGGGUGAAUGAAGAUUUGUGUGUGUAUGGGUCUGCUUGCUGGGGUGAAUGAAGAUUUGUGUGUGUAUGAUGUAAAUUGAAGCUUACUGGCGUGAAUGAAGAUUUGUGAGAAUCAAAUAGUGUGCAUGAAAUACGCUUGAUAUUCAGUCAGGGACUAAUAUCGGUAUGAAUGAGGUUGGGGACCUUCAGAUGAGAUGUCUGAGUUGAAUUAAUUUGAGCCUGCCAAGCUGAGUGUGUUACAUUAUGUAUUUCAGUUGGAGCUGGUACCGGUGAGAAUGUUUAAAAAGUCGCAGGCUUGCUGAUGAGAUGUUUGCACAGAGUUAUAUCAUAGAAUAUUGAGGGGGUGUGCAUGACUGUUGGAAAAAGUGUUAAACUCUAUUAACAUAAAAUUCUGUGUGUAGAUUUAUAUUAUGAGGUUUGAACUAUACUAAUUUUGUAGAAUUACAUAAUCAACAUCUGAACAUACUUACGUUAAACAUUAAUUGAGCCACUGAGUAAUAGAUAAGAUAUACACUAGGUACGGGAGACGGGUGUGGUCGAUGAAAGAAGGGAGUGGUGUUCUAACCAAGUGCUGAGAAAUAAGGUAGAUUUAUCUUGUUAUUUUAAUUAAUUUACACAAGUACUUCCCGGUUAUUGAUUUUGGUUUGAUUGUAACACCAUAGAAAUUAAACAGGAGGUUAAGGUAUAUUAACAUUAGAAUCUGUUUUCAUUAUGGGGAACAAUGAAAGGCCCUCAGAGUGGAUUGCAGGCUGAUUUUAUUUUAUGUCAAAGGGACAGUGUACGUUUAUCACAGUUAUGUGUGUGUUUUAUGGCUAGGUAUUUAAGAAGUAUUUUGGGGAGACAAUUUGGAGAAACACGAAUAAGACAUGAAACAUUGAGAUGAAUUAUUUGAGUUUGAGGGGAUUAUCAUUAUUAUUAGGAUUUGUUUUUGUAGUAAACGUUUGGGUUAAGGGGAUUUCCAUGUUCCCAGAGACAUGAUAUCUUAAAGGGGUACACUCACAUAUGGAAUAUUAGGAGUUUUAUUUUCUGAGUUUUAAUUACACAAGUGAAUUUUAUAAGAUAAAGGGUUCUUUAAUAUGUCUAAUAUGGUAUGGAACACGAAUGUAAGGGGAUGGUGUAACCUUUGACCUGCUUUCAUGGCUCUCUCGGGUGGUCUGAUCAGCCACAGGGGGGUGCCAUUUGAAUAAUUAAUUUGUGGUCAUGGGUAAUACUGUUUGUUUGUUUAUUUUUAUUUUUUUAAGGUAAAUUAAUAAUAGUGGAGUUUAAUUAACCUAUAUAAGGACUUUAGAAAUUGCCACCAUAGACAUGUUUUUCUAAAAAAAAAAUCCAUGAGUUUAGAUAAAGCCAAACAGUGAGACAUGUAGUUCAAAUUUGGAAACAUGAGAAAAAGAGCUACAGACAGAUAGGGGGAAAAGGCAGACAGAAGAGCCCUCCCCCGCACUGCAGAGACCUUGAAGGUUGGAGAGCAGAGAGGAGAAGUUUUAGAAGGGGAGCCAGGACGAGCAAAGAUAACAGAAUGUGUAGAUAACAGUUACUGAGUGGAGACAAAAGGAAGAAUUGGACAUGGGGAGAAUGAAAGGGGAGCUCCUACAUGAUAAUGUCAGAACAGAAGGAUAAUAUACUAAUCUUACCUAAGUCAUUAUUUAGAGUAGGUAAGGUUGUUACCUGGGCAGAGUCAGGUAUCAAAAGGGGGAUGGGUAAAUUGUGGUCUAGGAUAGGAUGGGGCCUAUUGGAUAAGAAACUAAUAAUUUAAAUAAAAUAGCUAACAAAUGGGCAUAGAAGUUAAAGAUAUAAUCAGAUAAAACAUGUGAGAAACUGUUUGUUAACCAAGCCUGUAUGUCCAGGAUUUUAUGCAUUACAGGUGAACUACAGGUGAAGUCACUCAAUCCAGUCCCAGAGGCUUGUUGGGGGGACCAUACCAAGGACUCCUGGUGACAGCUAGCUGAAAGAGCUACCCGGAUUCAUAUCGCACGGCGGGAAGGUGAAGAUGUGUCUGGCUCUUGCUAAGUGAUGUGUUCUCGGGGAGAGGGUGGGGCUUCACAUGGAAGCUGUUCGUCUGAGCUGUCUUAUCGUGGGUGCCAUAUUCCUGAUACAGCACGUCCUACCUGAGUAUGCGGAGAGUGGUAAUUUGACCCAUGGUUUAGACGAUGAGGAUUUUGUUCCAAAACAAGCAUAAGAGAUCCCCAGAUCUGGGUAGACAGGAAGUUAGAGUAGAGGUUGGGAAGGAUCUCUCAAUGGAGUUUUAUGUAGACCAAAUGGGGUCUCUAACUACAUGGCAGUCUAGGACUCUGAGCUAUUAUGGCAUAUAUCGGUGCAGGUUCCCAUGUUGAUCGUGGACACAGGUCAUAGCUCAUUUGGAGAGAGAGGGCUAUAUGAAUCCACUCACCCAGUAUGGAAGAAGGUGGAGUAUAGUGAAGGUGAGAGUUUUUGAUUGUAAUCAGGAGAGAGGGAUGUAUUGCAUAAAGAUACGCCUAACCCUUUAAAAAGUAAUGAAGGAGGAUCUAGGGUUGUGAUAUGAUGGAUAUGACACCCUAGUACGGUUCUGGGUAGAGGAGUUUAGGCCAGUAUGGUAAAGCUGUCCACAAAAGCAGGAAUGCCAGAUAAUGAUAGUUGCAUUGACUUGCACGAUUUAUAUCCACAGGUUCCUCCCUUUACAGUGACCGGAGGAGAUUAUUACCGUUUGGCCCGGUACAGUACUCUUGGGAAAUGAUGUCAGGGCGAGGUUUUACCGGCAGAUUGGACAGGAUUAUGCUCCCUUGUACAUUUGGGAAUGCCUUUCACACUCAUUCAACACCAAGAAUUGAAGUUUAGCCAAAUGGGAGAAAAGAGAUACUCCAUCCGGGUUUCUUGAUGACAAAGUAUACAUUGAUAACAUUGGGGUUCCACGGGGGUGCCAGAUGAGUUCAAAGCAAGAAAUCAGAUCCUAGCAGGAUUAGAGUUAAGCAUUUCCGGGUGGUCUACUCUCAAUAAGAACGUGGACUGGAUUAAUUAUAUUUAUUAUAAUCAACAGCGCUUUAACAAUUAUACCAGAGAUGCUAUUAAAGGUUUUGCAGAACAGACUGAAGCAACCAGCCUGAUGGCUUGGCAGAAUAGAAUUGCAUUAGAUAUGUUAUUGGCUGAAAAGGGAGAAGUAUGCGUGAUUAUCGGGACCAUGUUUGUGCUUACAUCCCAAAUAACACAGCUCCGGACGAAUCAGUGCCCGAAGCCUCAGCUGGUUUGACCACCCUGGCUCACGGUUUGGCAGAAAACUCUGGGGAGGAUACUUCUCUGACUAAUUGGUUUGAUAGUAUGUUUGGAAAAUGGAAAAAUAUUAUGAUCACUGUAUUAUGGGCUGCAUUCACCUGUGUGACUGUUUUAGUUUUAUGGGGCUGUUGUCUAAUUCCCUGUGUACGAGGCCUUAUUUCCAGGACUGGCAAUAGAUGGUGAGGUACCAGCGGAUUCCAGGUUCUGACCCGUGGAGUGCUGAAUGUAUGUCUACAGAACAAGUGGACGAAAAUUAUAAAUUAAAUUAUAUUAAAUUGGGAGGGUGUCCGUAUGGGGAUUACAUGAUAACCGACUUGGGACAGUUCUGGGAUUGGAGAAGAAGGUAUCCUUAUAGCAUAGAGGAUCCCACAAAGGUGGAUUGGUUUUCCAUGAUAUGGGGGAAACCUGGGAGCACUGUUGAACUUUGUAAAGGUGAUGAAAUCCUACUAACCAUCAAAAAUAUUAAGCUCUCUGAUGCAGGCACUUACACCUUCGGACUACAAAGGACUGGGACAGAUACGAUGGGUGUGUUUUCUAUUAAGGUGCUGCCAAAACCAGAGGUCCCAGACGAACCAGAGCCAGACACACUCCUCUACCACCCCUGGACCGGACCUGCCACCUACCACCACUGUGUUAAAAAUCUCAUUCAGGUAAUUAACGUUAGAGACUAUUCAGCUAUUGAUCAAUUAGGCACUGAGACUGGUUUUGAUGGUAGUAACAAUUUGUGGCUGUCCUAUAUGAGGUAUACAGCUGAAACCCCGAGGAGAAAGGACUGCAUUAUUUGUAGUCAUGCUAGACCUGUCCUGGCUACGCACCCAUUUGCUAUAGGAGAAGGAGAGGGGUGGUUGUGUAUUCUGAGAGGUUUUAACCAGGUUCAGCCCAAUUCAACUCUCUGUUCCUCUUUGAGCCUUGUGUUUCCUACAGUACCUCCUCAUCGGGUCCCUUGGGGUGUUAAGGCAUAUGGGGGCAAUUACAGUUGCAUCACGGGUACAGGUAAUGGCAUUGAUUAUGGGAGAUUAUCUGAAGCUGAUUGCAGUAGUAACAUAACCAUUAAUGCCACUUGGCCAGUUACAGGCCUAAACCAAACUAGUGGUCUGGCUGAUGUGUGGUGGAUCUGUGGACCCAAAAGAGUGCUGAGACCCAUUCUUAGAGGAUACUGGCAAGGUACGUGUGCUCUGACCAGUUUGAUAAUUCCACUGACCAUUGUUGAUGUUACUGCUGAGCAGCUGUUGGGUUCUGUAUCCAGGGGACCUGAAAACAUUCCAUCCCAUGGGAGACAUAGACGUAGUGCUCCAUGGACAGAGGAUGUAGUUGACAUACACACUAUCCUGUUGGGAGUGCCAGUGGGGGUUCCUCAUGAGUUUCAGGCCUUGGGUAGGAAUGAUGGACUCUGGCACUUACUACCUAUUAUAGGUCCAGCCAUAGUGGAUGCAAGACAGACUGCAUGCAUAUAAUCAACAGUGUUUUGUGAAUUACUCCCGUGAUUCACUCACUGGUCUGUCUGAACAGUUUGAGGUCACAUCUGGGGUUGCCAGACAGAAUAUACUUGCUUUGGAUAUGCUUCUUGCCAGUCAGGGGGCUGUCUGCAAGAUGUUCGGUGAACAAUGUUGCACGUAUAUUCCUAAUAACACCAGUCCAGAUGGUUGUAUAUCUAAGGCCCUUAAUGGGCUUGAUGCACUAUCUGCUGAGAUGAGGACCAUGGCGGGGGUGAAGGAGUCUGGACUGUUCUCUUGGUUGGGAGCCUGGUUUGGUAAGUACACUGGUAUGGUGGUUACUGGAUUUCUGACCCUAAUUCUUGUAUUUUUGUUAUUGAUGUGUUGUGCUGCUUGCAUCAUACCGUGUUUUAAGAAUUUCUGUUACAGAUGUGGUGAAGGCUUCAGGCAUGAUGCCUUUGCUUGAUGCUCCAAUUGGUGAUGCUGAUACUGAAGCAUGCUUUCAGGGGAGGAUGAGACUGACUAAGGAUGACCCAUGGUAUGCUGUGGGUGAGGUAGUAGAAUAAAUAUUACACCACCACAGUUCCUUGUUUUACAUUUUUUUAUGAUAGGUUUUCUUUCCAGUAUGUUUGUUCUCCCUGUUGUGAAGGUUUUGAGUCCCUGGGUGGCAUGGAGCCCACCUGGUGCAGGAUAGGAGUAGCUGAGAGGACCAGAUGGUUUAUAAUAAUGCUUUGCUCUGCUUUACUCUGUUUUCCAUGACCAAAGUGUUAUCCUACAUCUUACAUGUCAAUAAACAAUAAAGUCUUAUCCUGUUUUUGUCAAAAGGGGGAGACAAAAGCAUAUAU